UGGAAGCAUUGCGUAUAAUAGGGAACCGCUUGAAUAAGAGAGACUGGAAUUUCAACGUUGAUCCGUGUAGCGGCAGCUCAAGUUGGGUGACAAACACGACAGAGGUGAAGGGUUGGGGAGGCAUUGCCAACAACGUUACUUGCAACUGUUCCUUUGUCAAUAUCAACACCACUCACUGUCACGUCAUCAGCAUCGUUCUCAAAGGUCAGAAUUUAUCAGGAGUUCUCCCGCCAGAGUUGGUGAAGCUUCCAUACCUCCAAGAAAUUGAUCUCACUCUCAACUACCUUACCGGUAGAAUACCUCCACAAUGGGGUGCCAUGCAAUUGGUGAAUAUCUCUGUUUUCGCAAACCGAUUAUCAGGUCCAAUCCCAAAAGAACUCGCAAACAUCACCACUCUCAGAGUUCUAAAUCUCGAGUCCAAUCAGUUCUCUGGAUUUAUUCCUACAGAGCUCGGGGAUCUGACCAACAUAGAGAAAUUGAUGGUUAGCUCGAAUAAUUUCACAGGGAGGCUGCCUGAAACACUUGCCAAGCUGACCAACUUGAAAGAAUUUUGGAUGAACGAUAACCAAUUCACAGGAAAGAUACCCAGUUUUAUAGGAAAUUGGACAAAGCUUGAAAAACUUUCCAUACAGGCAAGUGGUUUGCAAGGUCCAAUUCCUCCCCAAGUUUCUCUUUUGACAAACUUGACAGAUUUAAGGAUCAGUGACUUAAAUGGAACAGAAGGGAAUUUUCCGCUACUAAAUAACAUGAAAAUGAUGAUGACAUUGAUAUUAAGGAGUUGCAACCUUAUUGGAGAAUUUCCUUCGAGCCUAGGAAAUGGAAACUUCGAAAGUCUAAUAAUUUUAGACCUCAGCUUUAACAAGUUUACAGGACAAAUUCCAAGAAGCUUUUAUAAGAGAUCAAAGAUACAAUACAUAUUUUUAACUGGAAACUUGCUAAAUGGUUCCGUGCCUACUCAAAUUAGAGGAAAUUCCAUUGAUCUUUCUUACAACAACUUUUCAUUGAAAAGCUCAGGCAAUCCUAGUUGUCAGCAAGACGGAGUCAAUGGAAAACUAAACUUGUUUGGUAGCUAUUCUCUGGGAAAUAAUUUAAAUAGAGAUGGUACAUGCAUGCAAAGCCUAAGAUGUUCACGAUAUGAGAACAAACUCCAUAUAAAUUGUGGUGGAGGAAAAGUAAUUCUAGGAGAUACCACAUAUGAAUCCGAUGAUGAAAAAAGCAGUGCUGCCAUUUUUUGGGAAAGUAAAAAUGGCUGGGCAUUGAGCAACACUGGUCGAUUCCUAGAUGGAAAAAAUGCAGAGAAGUACCUAACCAAUGCAUCAAAAAUCCUAGAUAAUUAUGAAUUAUACAUGACGGCACGCCUUUCUCCCCUCUCUCUCACAUAUUAUGGAUACUGUUUGCAAAAUGGAAGUUACACUGUGAAGCUCCACUUUGCAGAGAUCAUGUUUACAGAUGAUGAAACUUAUAGUAGCCUUGGAAGACGCAUAUUUGAUGUUUAUAUUCAGGGAACACUGGUGUUGAAAGAUUUCAAUAUAGCAAAUGAGGCAGGUGGAGUUGGUAAGCCAAUCAUUACAAACUUCACUAAAACUUAUGUGAAAGAUGGCACUCUAGAAAUCCGCUUUUAUUGGGCUGGGAAAGGAACAACAGCAAUCCCUUCUAAAGGAGUUUAUGGUCCUUUGAUAUCCGCUAUCUCUGUAGAGGAUUUCAUACCAAUAGGUGGAAAGAAGCUGUCAGCAGGUUCUGUAGCUGGAAUUGUGGUUUCAGUGGUAGUCCUCAUCUCCAUGGUAUUAGGCUUCCUCUGGUGGAAAGGGAAUCAAGUCCGCAAAAGCAGAAUGUACCAAGAUUUAAGAAGUCUAGACCUACAUACUGGAUCCUUCACCCUAAGGCAAAUUAAAGCUGCUACAAACAAUUUUGAUGCUGCAAACAAGAUAGGAGAAGGUGGUUUUGGGUCUGUUUACAAGGGUCUUCUAUCAGAUGGUACCAUUAUAGCAGUUAAGCAGCUUUCUUCCAAAUCAAAGCAAGGAAAUCGUGAAUUUGUGAAUGAAAUAGGCAUGAUUUCUGCUUUACAACACCCUCAUCUUGUAAAGCUUUAUGGAUGUUGUAUUGAAGAUAAUCAAUUGUUGCUAGUAUAUGAGUUCAUGAAAAAUAACAGCCUUGCACAUGCUUUGUUUGGUCCAGAAGAAUGUCAACUAAGAUUAGAUUGGUCAACUAGGCAGAAGAUUUGUGUUGGGAUAGCAAGAGGCCUUACUUAUCUCCAUGAAGAAUCAAGAUUGAAGAUUGUUCACAGAGACAUCAAGGCAACUAAUGUACUUCUUGACAAGGAUCUUAAUCCCAAGAUAUCUGAUUUUGGGUUGGCUAAACUUGAUGAAGAGGACAACACACACAUAAGCACAAGAAUUGCUGGCACUUUUGGAUACAUGGCACCGGAGUAUGCAAUGAAAGGUUACCUGACCGAUAAAGCAGAUGUCUAUAGUUUUGGAGUUGUUGCUUUGGAAAUUGUCAGUGGAAGAAGCAACACUAGUUUCAGGCUGAAGGAGGAAUGUGUUGAUCUUCUUGAUUGGGCCCUCAUUCUGAAAGAGAGAGGAAAUUUGAUGGACUUAGUGGAUCCAAGGUUGGGAUCCGAUUUUGACAAGGGUGAGGUCAUGAGGAUGAUUAAUGUGGCUCUACUAUGCACUAAUUCAUCUCCUGCACUUAGGCCUGCUAUGUCUGCAGUUGUGAGCAUGCUUGAAGGCGGAGCUAUCAUUCAAGAGUUUGUUUCACAACCAAGCUAUGAUGAGUCAAGGUAUAAGGCCAUCCAAAAUCAUUUUCAACAGAACCAAGGUAAGAAUACGAGUGCAGGACAGAUCCAGAGUAUGUCAAUUGAAGGGCCAUGGACUUCAUCUUCCACAUCUACAUCUGCUGCUGAUGUAUACCCACCAAUCAGUCUCGGUUCCAAAUAUUGGAGCAACAGAGGGUAGAGAAACUUGCAAAAUCUCGAUUGGUUUCCCAUGUUCACUAGACUGUUGGACAUGCCCAUUUUGGUACAUAUAUUCUUUUUAUUCCCCUGUAUUGAGAAUUAGAAUUUUUGAGAUUUUGUGGGGAAGAACUUUGUGAAGAAAAAUUUACCUACUUGUAGGAUGAA